AUGUAUGUUAAGGUUAAGACUUUGACAGGGAAGGAGAUUUCUGUUGAAAUCCAGGGAUCUGAUAAGGUAUAUCAUAUUAAAGAGCUAUUGGAGGAAAAAGAAGGGAUUCCACCUUCUCAACAGAGGUUGAUCUUUCAAGGUAAGCAAAUUGAUGAUGAACAAACUGUGGAUUCAGCUAAACUGACAGAUGGGAUGCAAUUGCAUUUAGUCUUGACUCUUCGUGGGGGUUGUUAA